CCCCCCACCCAAACAUCAGCAUGGACUGUAAGGAGGAGAUCAGCGAUACUGACAGCGGCAUCAUCCUGCAGUGUGGCCCGGACAGCCCCUCCUCGCCCCUGAAGGACGUGAGUGGGCGGAGCCAGGCCGCCAGGCUGCGGCAGCAGGCCCUGCAGGACCGCCUGGGGGAGUGCCUGAGGGAGCUGAAGCACCUGUGCAUCCGAGAGGCUGAGCUGACCGGGCAUUUGUCCUCGGACUACCCCCUGUUGCCCGGCGAGAAGCCGCCAGUCAUCCGUCGGCGAGUCGGGACCGCCUUCCGGCUGGAUGAGGAGAGCAUCCUGCAGGGCGGAGAGCACCCGGAACUGGGCCCCCUGGAGGCGGAGCUGGCGCUGCAGCUGCAGAUUUACGAGGCGGCCCGCAGACUGUGCCAUGAGGAACACCUGAGCCGGGCGGUGAGGCGCAGCCGGCUGCAGCAGUGCCAGGGCGCGCAGCGGAAACUGCAGGAGCUGCAGGAGGCCGCCUUCCAGCUCCGGCUCCGCCUGGGGCGCGGCUCGCCCUGCCCGCCCCGCCCGCCCCGCCCCGAUAGGCCCCCGGAUCUGGGCACUUCAGAUAACACCUCCCUGUCAGACUCCGCUCUGCAGGAUGAAGAAGAGGUGCCGAGCCAGGGUUCAGACCGAAGCCUGGAGGCCUCUCCGGUGCCAGACCCCCUCCAACCUGCUCCAGGGUCCCCCCCGCGCCCUCUGCACGCCCCAUGGUACCCCCCCCUACAGGUCCUGGAGGAGCUGACGCCCUGUCACAGCCCCAGCCUGGAUUACGACAAGCCCCCCAUCCAGAACUCUCCGUGGACCGAGUCCAGUCUGGACCAGCCCUACCAGAAACCAAAGAAGAAGAGCCGCUCGGCCUGCAACAGCCACACCAGCAGCCCGAUGGUGACCCCCACGGUCACCCCCACGGUCACCCCCACGGUCACCCCGAUGUCCACCCCCGCGUCGACCCCAGUGGACUCCCCGUUCGGAAGCUCCGCCCACCCGUUGCACUUCACUCCAAUCAAGGGCCUGGAGCUACGCCACGCCCAGUGCCACAGCGCCCCCUGUACCCCGGAGCUGCAGCUACGCCGGCAGCAAUCGCAGUCUUUCAGGCUGCCCAGCAGAGAGCUGUCCCAUGAGUCCGGUCAGCCCCGGGGACGGUCACGGCUGGCGAGGAGACGGAUCGUGGAAUUUGGGGAGGCGCCGGGGGAACGUGGCCCCCUGCAGGUGGGGCCGGGAAGUAUGCUGUACCCGUCCAGCUCGGAGGACAGCUGCUCUGAACACUCGGCUCCCUCCUACGCCAGCUCUCCCUGCUGCGACUUCCCCGUGGAGCUGACCGACCCGCGGCUGCCCCAGUACGGGUACCCCAACGAUGGGCCCCACGGUGGGCCCCGGCCCAACGAUGGGUCCCACAGUGGGCCCCAGCCCUACGAUGGGCCCCACAGCAGAGCCCUUCCCUACGAUGGGCCCAACGAUGGGUCCCACAGUGGGCCCCGGCCCUACGAUGGGCCCCACAGUGGGCCCCGGCCCUACGAUGGGCCCCACAGUGGGCCUCGGCCCUACGAUGGGCCCCACAGUGGGCCCCCGCCCUACGAUGGGCCCCACAGUGGGCCCCGGCCCUACGAUGGGCCCCACAGCAGAGCCCUUGCCUACGAUGGGCCCCACAGCAGAGCCCUUGCCUACGAUGGGCCCCACAGCAGAGCCCUGCCCUACGAUGGGCCCCAUAGUGGGCCCCUGCCCUACGAUGGGCCCCACGGUGGGCCCCUGCCCUAUGAUGGGCCCCACAGCAGAGCCUACACUGGCCCCCAUGGAGGGCCCCUUCCCUACGAUGGGCCCCACAGCAGAGCCUACACUGGCCCCCAUGGAGGGCCCCUCCCCUACGAUGGGCCCCACAGCAGAGCCUACACUGGCCCCCAUGGCGGGCCCCUCCCCUACGAUGGGCCCCACAGCAGAGCCCUCCCGUACGAUAGGCCCCAUGGGGGGCCCGUGACCUACACUGGCACCUUCUACAAGAACCCCAUGCACCAGUCCAGCCCCAGUUUUUACGGGGGGUACAUUGAGGACAACAGGGGGUACCCUCCCGAGAUGGACAUCAGAAGACUGUACUUGGGCCCUCCACCACCCUCCGGCCCCGCUGGCCCCCCGGGCCGAUAUGAGCACUGGUACGAGGAAGCACCCCAACGGCCAAUGCUCAGGGCCCUGCCCCCCCACAUUCGGCUGUCCCGAGCCCCCUCCCUUAGAGAGCACCCCCCUCACCCCCAGGGCAGGGGUCUUCCGUGCGAUCUGGUGUCCGAUGGGCUGAAGUCCUGGCAGCAGCGCGGCCAGCAGGGGGCGCCACCGCGGCCCCGGUCGCUCGACCGUCAGGGCGCGGUCCGCGUGCGGAGCGUCCAGGAGCGGGAAUCGCCCCUCGCCCAUCCCCCCCGGCAACAUCGCCAACCGCAGCAGCAACCGCCGCACAGGUACCAGGAACAGGGCCCCCCCAGGCAGAUCCUCCAGAGAGGGCCCGAUGGAGCCCCGGUGCAGUGGUUCACGCAGGAGGACUCGGAGAUCGCCAGCCAGGUGUAGCUGAGCGCAGGCCGGGCCCCUGGCUGGCGUUUCCCUCGUCCUGGAGGAGCUCGUCUAUUUAUUCGAUUUGCGCCGCUGCUCUCCUGCUGGGGGGGGGUCUUGCCUUAAAUGUGGAUCAUUGGGUUGUGGAGUGGCGGCCCCGUCUCGGGUACACCAAUGUAUGGCCAGCGUGACUGUUAUUCUGUUUUGUUUUGAUUUGUUUUUUACUGUGAAAAAAGAAAAUUCUGAUGUUUUUUUAAACUGAAAAUGAUUAAUGGAAAUUACUAUUGUGAUUUUAUUUUGAAACCAUGUUUUGAUUAUAAAGAGAUUUCAAAUAUUGUACAGAAAAAUAUAUAUAUUUAUAUAUGUAUGUGUGUGGAUUUUUCUGCAAUAUUGAAUAAAGUGGUAAUUCCAAGGCAAUUUA